AAAGAUAGAGCAUGGCCCUGAGAGCAUGUGGCUUGAUCAUCUUUCGAAGACACCUUAUUCCCAAGGUGGACAACAGCACAAUUGAGUUUCUGCUGCUGCAGGCAUCAAAUGGCUUCCAUCACUGGACUCCUCCCAAAGGCCAUGUGGAUCCUGGAGAGACUGACUUGGAAACAGCCCUGCGAGAGACUCAGGAGGAAACAGGCAUAGAAGCAAGCCAGCUGACCAUCAUUGAGGGGUUCAGAAGGGAGCUCAACUAUGUGGCCUGGAAGAAGCCGAAGACAGUCAUUUACUGGCUGGCAGAGGUGAAGGACUACAAUGUAGAGAUCUGCCUCUCCCAGGAGCAUCAAGCCUACCGCUGGCUAAGACUGGAAGAGGCCUGCCAGUUGGCUCAGUUCAAUGAGAUGAAGGCAACACUCCAAGAAGGACACCAGUUCCUCUGCUCCACACCGGCCUGAGCUGACCAGAACA